GAUGGAUUGGUUGAAACACCAAGCUCACGAUUUUGACGUCGAUUGAUGGCAAAUGGCAUUUACUUCAAACAUCUCUGGCCAUAUUUCUUCAAUCAUGAUCCAAGAGAUACUAGAGCCUCAUGUGUUAACUCUUUUCCCAGUCCCAUUUCAGCCUAACCUCAUCGUUGCGAUGGCCUCACUGCCAAGACCGUCCAGCUCUUCCUCUCCAGCUCAGCCACGCUGACACUCUCACGAGUCCAACCCGCAGCCUCAAUCACAAAGACAACACCCAAAAAGAAGAAAAAGACGAGCAUUCAAGUCCUAUGAUCAAUUAGUCAUCUAUCACCACACUCUCCCAUCACAUCAACCUCACGAAUUCCUCUUCGCAUACAAAAACGUCGGCAUCAAAUCCGCCGCAGGAAAAAGAUCCCUCGUCCCAGUCUUCAACCAACAAUUCCCCCCCUUGACCUCAUAAUUCUUCGCCAUCUCUCUAUUAAACACGAUGCUAUCACACUGCGUCGCGUUUUCAUUCCCGCCGUUGACCUCGGUGUACAUUGCGCAUGCGUGCAUACAGUCGAAUGCUGUGUAGGCCAGUAUAGGCACUAUAUCGUUCCCGGGGUAGUCGAACCCGCAUGUGUAUGUGAAUACGUAGCCGUUGUUGGUGGUAUAGUCAUCUUUGCCGUUUGGUUGGGAGCAUGCGUCGGGGAGUGUGAGGUUCGUUACUUGGUCUGCUGGUUUGGGCUCGUAGAACUUUGACUCGGUGGUUUUGGUGGUGUCGCUUGCGGUGGUUGUGAAGGUUGGACAGGCGGAGGUUUGUAUCGCGGAUGCAGCUGGGACUUCAGAUACUUGUGAACUGCGAUUGUUAGCAUUUGUUCAUUUGUUAGUAUGGAAGUCUGGGUCUCUUACUUUUUGCAGUUGGCCAGAGCUGAUCCAAGACCUCCUCCAACACCAGCUCCAACUACCACUGCAGUAACGAUAGCAACGAGGGCACAUAGGCUUAAUAUGCUCAGGCCAAAAGGACCCUUUCGCGCCUCGACGACCUGAACAUAACCCGAUAUUGGAUCCUUCGAGCCUUGGCUAUAAACACCAUGAGGGCUGACCUCUGGUGCAUGAGCUGCGCUGUCCGAGUAGACCUCGAGGCCUUCGUGAUACCGUGUCUCCGACAUCCUUCCGGACCGACAAACGUCUCCAGAUAUUCCGAUAGAAGAUGCGCACGGCGCGGUUUCAAGUCAGUCAUUUGAAUCCACGUGGGAAGGCCAACUAUUAAAAGAAGGCAAUAGUCAAUUGAACAGCUUCGGGCUCGGGCUCGGUACCGAGCUCACAGCCAAGCCAUGUCGGCAGCUGUCACGUCAAACCCUUGAUGUAUCAGCUCACCUGCAGAAUUUGAGUCACUUCGUGGGUAUAUAUCUAAAAUGAAAGUGGCAUUUCAGAUCCUGCAGGAUCAUUUUGGUUACAUCGAUAAAACCUUAUGGAUCUGCUAACCCAUGCUCAGCUAGGUGGAAUGGGAUGAAUACCCACACGGACCCGGUAAAUCGGCAGUUAGAAUGUUAGAUGUUGAUUGUGGCAAUCGCCGGGAAGCUUGGUAUAAGACAAGAUGAGACUUGGUCUGCAGCUUGGGAGGAAUCUCAAACACUGGUCUGUGAGGAGCGAGAUGAGGUGAUGUGGCUAGUCAGCAAGGGCCUCAUUGUAGUUACAUAGUCGUUAUCAGUCAAUAUUGCGCGAUGGGUUUCAUAUGGAGCUCUUUUGUUCCUCCCGAGAGGAGUAAAAAUGAAUCCUGUGUCGGCACCGAGGCCGUCUCUCGUCCCAUUUGCGUCUCCGGCGUUGGAUCCACACGGGUUCGGAAGGGUCCCACAAAUGCGGCAUCGACCAUCAGAGGUUUAAGUUUAAUUGCACGGAGCACCAUAGCAGAUGAACUCCAGCACGGAGUACUAAGAGACGAUAAACCUUGCUUCUGGUAGAAGACAACCAAGUCCCUCAAUCUAUAGCAUUCUCAACCUAUACCCCAUAACCUAACCCUCCCCAUUCAAACCUACAACCCCCCAAGCCCAGAUCGACGAUCUCCCAAAAUAAGCACUCUCUGACGUCUCCCCCAUUCCCGAAGAAAGCAUCCACUCAGAAAGAGCCAAGCAUAUCAACCGCCCGUCAAAUAGACAUGUCCUCAACGGCCAUUAGCUCACAUUACCCUGUUUUCCCUACAAGGCUGACUUGAUGUAAAACACUUCUUACCUCAUCAAGACGCAAUGUUUCACAAACCUCGUCGCGUGGUUGGGUGACGUCACAUGCUCAUCGCGAAAUUGAGAGCAUGACGACGUCACGACUUGUUCUUAAUUCCAGGAACAAGAAAGUUGACAAGAUAAGAUAUUAAAAAGGCAGCCAAGAGCUCUCCUCCUUACAGAGCUUUUUCUCCACGAAACACAACACUCACUUACCUUGGUAUCUACACAAUAACAACAGACAAAAUGGCCAUUACAAGUGCUAUCAGCGACCUCCUCAGCUCCAUCUACGAGCUUCUCGCCUCCAUCUUCAACACCGUCUACUCCGUAAUCCACUCCAUUCUCACCGCUAUCCUCGGCUUCGUCCAGGGUUUCUUCAACCUCAUCGGCGAUGUCGUCUCCGGCCUCGUCGAGGUCACCGGUGGCGUGGGCAAGUUUGUAGCCAGCAACGCUGCGAUCCUCGCUAUCGGUGCCCUCGGUGCUUUCGCGUACGUGAGGUACACUGCCCAGGGACGAGCUGUUGCGAACAAGAAAACUCAGUAAAUACUUUGAUGAUGAAACGGUGAUGAUGAAACGGUCUUGGGAGGUUUGCUUGGUGAUGGAUACACACGAUACCCUGAUGCACGGUGGUGAGGACCUGUUUGGUGUUGGGAUACAAUGGAAACUGUCUUUCGCUAUUGAAUUCUACCUUAGUUUAAUGAGUCAAAAUUAAUGCGAUGCCUCUCAAACUUUCGUGACCUUCUAUGGUAGAUCUUGCACUUGGCAUUUUAAAUUGCGGCUCAACCGUUCCUUGCUGGCUCUGCAGAUCAUGCAAUAGCCCUUGCGCCAAUCUAGAGCAACUUAUCCAGUUGCCGUAC